CUUUUCAUUUUCUAGUAUUGAUGUAAUAAUUUAAGUGUCUUAUCGUCCACACUGACCACAGUAUAAAAUUGUGCUCAUUUUACUAGACCUACACGGGUGCUAAAUACCUGUAUGACAAACUCAAUGAGAGAGGGGGAAAUAAAGUAUGAACUUUGCUGCUGAUGUCUUCAACGCUGUAACUCGACCUUUCCAGAGUCAGCAGUCUCGGUCUGGAUCGACCAAUCAACAGUCAGAGGAAGUGGAGAGAGAAGAAGACGGAUUUCUGUUGGUUGCUGAAACAGAGAGUGAGAGAACUACAGUAUACGCCAGCAAUUUUACAGGGGAUUCCCCUCCAGAUUAUAAUCAGACACAGAUAAAAGACACACAGUCUCAGUUGCCUACAUAUAUGGAUUAUAUGCAGUGGAAUGGACAACAAAACCCCCAGAAUAACUCUGCAAUGGAUUAUAAUACUAUACCGUUGACCAGUCACAGUGAAAUCACAGGGGUCACUUUUAAGAUUUCACCCCAACUGCAGGUUAUUUUUGACCUGCAUGAAGCUGCUUCACAUGGUAAUCCUGUCCACCGAAGAGACCUGGACAUCUCUAGAGCUAGUUACGACUUUUCAUUGGAAGAGAAAGUGCUACGUGAUGCUCAGACUAUGGCACUUCGAUGAAGUUGGCCUUUGGACAAAGUUCACUGAUGAUUGUUGCCUGAAAGUUGAGAAAACUUAUUAUUUUCUCAGUGAUUUGAAGAAUACAUAUCUGAUUAUGUUUUGUUGAAUUUCCAUGAAUGCUCAACUUGUUUUGGCCAGUAAAUAGCAAAAUCACAUUUUCCCCCCAAAAAAUGCAGCAAUGCAACACUUGCAGUAGACAUUUUUUUCCUUGUAAUGUUUUUGCGAUUAUGAUUAGAAAUAUUCUUAUUUAUCUUUAAUAUUUCUGUGUGAUUUAAGAUAGAACUGUUCUUUAAAACUUUUGUGCCAACUUAAUUUUUUUCAACCUAGUGAACUUGAGAGAAAGCAAUUUUUUAAACUGCAAGUUUAUGUGCACUUUCCAAGUGUAUGCAAAUACAAUGCUAUGUGUUAUUUUGAAAGCCCAUUUUUUAAAUUAAAAUUCUCUUCUUUUUUCCUUUGGAAUACUCUUGACAAUACCGUGAAGCUCAUGCAGUUCCAAAGAAGGAAUAUAGAAACAUCCCCUCCAGUUCUUCCUGUAUUUAUUACUCAUCACACACCGUUAAUGUGAAGUUACGCAAAAGGAGAUAACUUUGGGUGGUGAAAGGAAUGUUCUGCAUAAAUAAGCCUUGAUUUUUGCACUUGAUACCAUUAUAUCUCAGAGAUUCCAAUUAUUGAUGAUUGCAGGAAUUUCAGAUUUUGUGUUUAGGGCUGUCAUGAUUUUUGAAUUGUUUGCUAAAUUCAGAUUUCUCAGUGGGCUUACUAUGUACUUUUUUGAUUUGUACACUUGUUUGACUUCAGUGUAAAUAUUAGGUAAACCAGAAAAAUGCCUAAUUUACAUUUCCAAGGGGUUUUUUUUGAGUCAUUGUUUUGUUAAGUAUUUGUGUAUGGUUAUUUGGUGCUUGGGAACAUAAACAAAAUUUAUAUUUGCAUAUAUGUAUCUGUUUCUCUAAUUUGUUCAAUUAUUUACUCGUAUAUAUGGACUGAUUUAGUAAAUUGGAGUAGAAUAGCUUUAAGCACAUUUCCCUAUCUAGUCUUUUUGAAAUGUAUGGCAUUUUAUAACUAACUUUUCUUUGCUUCCAAACCUGAAUGAUAUUGAACAUUUUGUCUUUAAUAUCUGUGAUAUACCGGUAUAAUAAUAAAUUACCAUGGAUAA